CUUUAACAGAUUCAACAAAUGAUCACAAUUACAAUAUUUUAACUAUGGAAUUACGUGAAAAAGUUAAACAAGUUAGAAACACAAGAACAAAUAAUAUUCAACCGAAAAUAAUAGAACAUAUCAAACAUUUACAACAACUUACAUAUUUAAGAAGAAGAACAUUGAUGGAAAGCCACCAUUGUACAUCAUCACUCAUCGAUAAAGCAACCUUAUAUCCAGAGUUGUUACACGAAAUUGUGGGCACACGUCGUCAACUUGGUUUAUAUGUAACUGGUGCUGGUUGGAAUAAAGUCGAUUUAUAUUUAUCAACGAAUCUUAAAAUGAAUAUUACUUCAUCCGCAAGUGGUUUACAUCGUUCAUUGUUAGUAUUUUUAUCUUUAUUUCCAGUUCUUCAAUAUAGUUGUCCUUCUGAUAUAAAACCGGUCGUCGAACAUUUAACUGAACAACUACAGCAAAUUAAAUGA